UUUUGGGUACGAAACGGCGAGAGUAAAAGGCAUUGUUUGCUCCUUCAACUGCGACGACACGAUCUAAAUUUUGAAGCUCUACUGAAUCAUAUCGGCAAUGUUUCUCACAAGAACCGAGUAUGAUAGAGGUGUCAACACUUUUUCGCCCGAGGGCCGAUUGUUCCAAGUUGAAUAUGCUAUUGAAGCCAUCAAGCUCGGUUCAACGGCAAUCGGGAUAAUGACUAAGGAAGGGGUUGUUCUUGCUGUCGAGAAGCGCAUCACUUCUCCCCUCCUGGAACCUAGCAGUGUGGAGAAAAUUAUGGAGAUUGAUCAGCAUAUUGGGUGUGCAAUGAGUGGAUUAAUUGCUGAUGCACGGACGCUUGUAGAGCAUGCACGUGUGGAGACUCAGAAUCACAGGUUCUCCUAUGGUGAACCUAUGACUGUUGAGUCUACCACCCAAGCUCUCUGUGAUUUAGCUCUGCGAUUUGGUGAGGGUGAUGAAGAAUCUAUGUCAAGACCCUUCGGUGUAUCUCUUCUCAUUGCUGGUCAUGAUGAGAAUGGUCCCAGCUUAUACUAUACUGACCCAUCUGGUACAUUCUGGCAAUGCAAUGCAAAAGCUAUAGGCUCGGGAUCUGAAGGUGCUGACAGCUCUUUGCAAGAGCAGUACAACAAGGACCUUACUUUGAAGGAAGCCGAAACGAUAGCACUAUCCAUCCUCAAGCAAGUUAUGGAAGAAAAGGUGACUCCCAACAACGUUGAUAUUGCAAAGGUUGCUCCAGAUUAUCACCUGUACACUCCAAGCGAGGUGGAGGCUGUCCUUAGCCGCCUAUAAGACGAGCUCCCAGUUAAUUUUCCUUUCAUCCAUUCUCCUGUUACUGGCAUUGAACCGUGGCAUUGGCAUUUAUUCUGUAGUUCCAAGAUUCUUGCCUUGUUACUUUAGUUUAUGACUUUGGGUUUAUGGGGUUUGAACACAAAUGCAUCUCUGCUUUAAGAGAGUGUUAUGUUUUAUUGCCAAUUACACAAAAGAAUGAUUUCUUUCCAUGAGAAGUUUGAUGGUUUUAACA